GAUCAAGAAGGAAUUCCCAGCUUUGAAGUCAGUUCGAGCACAAGAAAAGGGCCGAGAGUUCGACGCACGAACCACCCAAUCACCAAGACCCACAUUCUGCAGAUCUUCCUUCACUUGGCGUCUAUCAAUUAUAUGCAAUACGCGCCGUUCCAUGGCAAAGAGAAAUCGAUCAGCUUCACCUUCCAAUACGCUGCGUGCCCAACGAGCUAUAAGAUUAGCAAGGGCAUCCCCGCCUACAGCACCCCGCGGACUACACUGCGGACACUGACCAGCUUGGAGAAAGACGCCCGGUUACCUCCACCCUCGAUUAACCGGAAAGCCGUGACCCUUCGUUCGCGGCGUAGCUCUAACUACGGGGCAACUAUCGCUGCUUUACUAUAUAAGUGUUUCCCUGCGCUACACGAAAUACUUUCGGUGAAGGAUAUCAGCACUCUUCCUAAUAGCAUCACUCUUCGAGACUCGGACAUCGAAAAUGAGGACGAGGUGAAGACUUAUAAGCGCUAUCCCCCGGCUGACAUCCCCGCCAUUCCCUCCGAUCAGCAUGUCCGAUUUUAA